AUAGAAAAUAGGUUCAAGCUUUUGACAGCUAUUACUUCUAAAAGCAAAAAUAAUUUUUUCGAAAAGUAUUUCUAUGGUUUUGCGAUAAAACCUUAAUUAAGCACAAUUUAAUUUAAUUUUUAAAUUAGGUCAAUUAUAUAAUAAUGGCCUUUUCGAUGUUCUUACGUGCACCAGCCUGCACAAGUCGAGUGUUCUCCCAACAAAUAAUGAGGCUAGCAACUCAACAAGCAACUAAACCAGUUGAGGCACAAAGGAUGCUUUCAAGUAUCAUGCCUUUGCAAACUUCUUUUCUCAAGUCUGAUACAACACCUAUUUUAAAUGCAGUAAGGUCAUUCCGUACAUCGCCAGCUUUACUACAUGAAGAAAAAGCUCAUGACCACUCCAAACUGUGGGUAAUUGAGAAGCUUACAUCAGCUGCACUAGUCCCGUUGAUCCCAAUAUGCCUCAUGAUUCCAAAUAGAAUAUUUGACUCUGUUUUGGCAAUUUUAAUAACAGCUCAUAGUUUUUGGGGCUUGGAAGCAAUAGCAGUAGAUUAUGUCCGUGCGUCCAUCUUCGGCCCUAUUAUUCCCAAAAUUGCCAUUGCACUUGUCUACCUUAUUUCUAUAGCAACAUUGGGAGGUUUGUUUUACCUCAUAUCCAACGAUGUGGGACUAUCCAACGCCAUUCGACAACUAUGGGGUGUGAAAUCUAAACAAAAUGCGUAAAAUUGUAGCAACUUAAAUGGUCCUCUCAUGCAAGAAAACCACAGCGAUGUGCUUUGAAAUACCAAUUGCAUUAGUACAAAUAUCCAGCAAGUUCGCUACGAUUUUUAAUUAUGUUGAAAUGUAUUAAACACCAUUUUGGUUGCAAAUUAGUGACAUAAUUGGUAUUUGGUCUGUACUUAAUAAAAUUUUAAAAAUAUUUUUAUCAUUUGAAUAUUUUAUUUUGGUUUUUUAUGCAGACUAAACAAAUUUUACAGUUGACUUGUAUUGUAUCGAGACUUGUUUUAAUUUAUUUUAGUAGAAAUAAAAUGUAUUAUUAAUAA